GGGAGGACCUCGAAUCGCUGAGCACGGCCGCCUCCUUCCAUCCUUUCCCUAAUACACACUCCGUGGCUUGGAGGAUAGCAUACAGCUCGGCUUGGAAGACUGUACAGUAUGGCUCCAGCUUAAACUUUCGGGAAAGGACUUCUGCCUGCCCUUUCCAACAGGUCAGGGCGGCUCCUACCUUUCCCUCCAGUUUGCUGCCAUCUGUAUAGAUCUUCACAAGACCUUCUGCCAGUUUGCUAUCCUCCUCCUCGUUUUCCAGACAUUCGAAACCUAUCAUUCUGCUGCUACCGGGGUGGUCCGAAUUCAUGAAGGAUACCCUUUUCUCCACCUUUCUCCCCCUUAAUAUUGCCUGGGGUUUCCCUCGCUUCGCCUCAUAAAGCUGGGAUGCUUCAUGGACCCUUAGGUCCAGCGGAAGCAGCCCCGACAAUAUUAAGGCGGAGUUGAGCGACACCGUCCUAUAACAUUUGGUAAUUUUUUGGGCGAACCCCCUCUGCACCACCGAGAAUUUCUUUUUGGUCAUUAUUUUCUUAGCUUCUCCCUGCCAAACACUCGCCGCGUAGAGGAUGAUUGGUUCUAUGACCGCUAUAUAAAUUGUUCGUAUAAUCUCUGGUUGGAGACCCCAAGUCGUCUUUGCGGCUCUUUGGAUACCUUUAAAAAUAUUGAUAGCUUUGCCGCAGACGUACUUAAUGUGCUCGUUAAAGGUUAAUUUGUUGUCGAUUUUUAGGCCGAGGAUUUUUAUUUCGUUGACUAGUUCUAUUUGUACCCCCCCCCCCAUGGUCAGUAUCGGCGCGUCAAAUUUUAAUUUUUUGGUGAUAACCAUGGCUUUGGUCUUAUGCGCCGCGAAGUUUAAUUUGUUUGACGCGCCCCAUCUCCUGACCAGGGAGAGUCCUGCAUUGGCCUUUUCCUCUAGCGACUUUGGGUCUCCUCCAUCCACUAUCAAAAUGAUGUCGUCAGCGAAUGCUUGGCAAUAUAUAUCGGCGUCGGUGAGCCCGUUCAGGAGUGGAUCCAGCAAGAUGUUCCAGAAUAAGGGGCCUCCUAUGGACCCCUGUACACAACCUUUGUUGGUUAUCUUGCUGUACUCCUCCCCCGCGUAUCUCACCGACACCAUCCUAUCUUGGAGAUAGCUAUCUACUAGUCUGCGUAAGUUUAUAGGGCACUUUAAAUUUUUAAGUUGGCAGCGGAUUCGCGGCCACCACGCGUUAUCAAAGGCCCCCUCUAUGUCCAGCGAUAUCAGGGCCACUAUUCUCUUUUUAACCAAUUUAUCUCUGAUUCGCUGUAUCAUAUCAUAGAGGGAGUCCUCUGUACUGCGCUGCGGCACGAAUCCAUACUGCCUCGGAUUAAGUUUAGGCAGUAUAUGCCAUUUUAAACGACGCACCAGCAUCUUUUCUAAAAUUUUUCCUAAAACUGGCAGCAACCCGAUCGGUCUGUAUGACUUGGGCUCCUGAUAGUUGUCUUUGCCGGGAUUUCUUAGCAUGAUUACUGCUGCUUUCUUCCAUGCUUUCGGGAAGUGGGCCAGGGCUAGGCAUUUAUUGAGCAUCGCGAGAGCUAGUUCACUGUCUGCUUUAACAGUCGCCGCGCAUAUAUCGGCCGUGAAACCAUCUCCACCCGGUGCCCUUUUCGGGUUAAACGAGUCCACGGCGUGCACCAGUUCGGCUUCCACAAAUGGGGGGUCAUGAACAUCAUGUUCGUCUCCCUCAUUUGCUUCCGCCGCGCUGAUCCGCACUGCCCUGUGGACUUCGCUUUCCCCUACUUCGGUGUCGUCCGGGUAGAAAGUCUCAGCCAUUAUGCGCACCGACUGUUUGGGGCUGGUGGUGAUGCCCCCUCUCGCGAUUGGCAGAUCUUCGCCUUGUGUUCUGGUUCUGCCUAUCACCCUGUAUAUGCCCUCCCACAUUGUUUCCCGGUCUUGUUUUUGACAGAAUUCCUUCCAACUCUUUACCCUGGCUGCAUUCAUCUCCCUUUCGUACUUUUCUUUUGCGUCCAUGUAUUGCUCGACUACCCAUGUUUUGCGACUCGGUGCUGCCCAUUUUAUUCUUCUUUUUCGUUUGUUCUUCUCUUUCUUCAUUCUCUCGAGCUCGUCGGACCACCACACAAUCCUUAUUCUACUAUCUGUCUUCUCCAUCUCCCUAUUCCAUCCAUAGUAAAACCUGUGCCCCAGCUGCGGGGACAUUAAUAGGCUGAUGGUGUUGAUGAUCUAUGAUGUAAUCUUCUCGAGUUAUUUUUUUUCCUAACGCGUGAACUAUAUAUAUGUGUAACUAUACCUAUAUAAACAUACUUAAAUAAUUAAGUCCCUCGAAAACAGCUGAUAUUUACAGACUAACUAUUGGUACAUAAUUUUUUUAAUGUUGUUAAGGAGUUAGGCAGCUUUCCCGAUGACCGAAUGGAAAAUCCUUAUAAUAUUAUGAUAGUGAAAGUUUGUAUGUUUGUUAUUCAAUUACUCAAAAACUACUGCACGGAUUUGGAUGAUAUUCGAUAUGCAUAUAGUUUAUGAUUUGGAUUGAGACAUAGGAUACUUUUUAACCCGGAAAAGUGUUAGGAUCCUAAGGGAAUUUCAAAACACUAAAGGUAACGCGGACGAAGUCCCGGGCGACUGCUAGUAAAUUAUAUAAAAAAAAAAAAAUUCACUCACACCAAUUAGGCUAGACAAACGAAAGCACGGUAAAGCUUGUAUUAAGUAUACUAGUGUAAAGGUUAGAAAAACAUAUAAUGAUACACAGACAAGUUUAUUUCCGCAGAAAUACAAAUAUAAAUAUACAGCCAUGACUCAGAAAAAGUACUCGCUCACUUUAUCAUAUAAAUAUAAUAUUGUCCCAUUCGAUAUUUGAACCCAGGCAGUGAAGUCCCUCAAGGGGGAUCUCGCGGUUCCGCACUUAAUAGUAUUGAGGGUAUUCGCAGGGUUUUUUAGCGGAUAGUAUACCGCAAGUGCUAGUAAACCGCGCGGACUACUUAACGGCUUUUGCGUUUCGCACCCGUGAGACUUGCGAGAGGUUAGGUGUGAGGUCCGUUCUUGAUGAAGCCCUUAAUGGGGAUCUCGCACUUAACAGUUUAAAGGGUUUUUUAGCGGAUAGUAUACCGCAAGCGCUCGUAAGCAGCGCGGAUUGCUUAACGUAUUUUCCGUUUCACACCCGUUAGAUUUGCGAGAGGCUAGGUGUGAGGUCCGUUUGUUGGUGUGCCCCUUAAGGGCGUUAACGUCUGUAAGUAGAGGUUUUGCCUGCGUAUUAAAAAAAACGACCUCAGGGUAGAAAAUCUUAAUACAGGUGACAGACUGGCACAGUUAAUAUUAUUAUAUAUACCAUAUUAAAAUAUAUUGACGUUUAUAUAAAUGAUGAUCGAUUAUUUAAUAAAUAAUACGAAUGAAUAUAGCAAGCUUUACAAUAUUGCAAUCAAAAAUUCUACACGCAUUUUACAGGAAGUAGCAAAAGAAAACCCGGGUAAAAGCGUUGUCAUGUCCGGAUUCUCUGUAAUGGCGCCUCUGGCACAGCUUGGGUUAGCCUCCGUCGGAUCAUCUCACGACGAGAUCCUCAAUGUCUUGGGUCUGCGCAACGAAAAUACUACAAAGGCAGUGUUUGAAUUUGCAAACGGACAAUUAAAAUCGAGAGCUGGAAUCGACCUGAAGAUAGCAAACAGUGUUUACAUACCCGAAGGAUAUGAAUUAAAUGAUGAAUUCAAUGCUGUAUCUAGGGAUGUGUUCCAUUCAGAUGUGAAACAAGUCGACUUUACUAAGAACAAUGAAGCUGCUUCUAAGAUUAAUACUUGGGUGGAGGACAAUACAAACAAUCGCAUCAAAAAUUUAAUAGACCCCAAGAGCUUAGGCUCCGAUACGAAGGCUAUUAUUGUGAACGCCAUUUAUUUCAAGGGUGGCUGGAGGUUAAGUGAAAAAUUCGAUCCAAAGUUGACGCAAGAACGUGAUUUCCAAAUUUCAAAGGACAAGAUGGUGAAAGUUCCCACUAUGUUUAUGAACAGCAUGUACCGUUUUAAGGCGAGCGAAGAGUUUGAUGCUAAGUUUCUAGAAAUUCCUUACGAGGACGAUUUUGCAAGUUUCAUUGUUGUCCUUCCGAACCAAGUUGAUGGUGUUACCGCCCUAGAACAGAAGCUAAAGCAAAAGCCAGACGUACUCACUGAUUAUAUACGCAACUUGGUGCAAACUGAAGUGGAUCUUUAUUUGCCCAAAUUCAAAAUUGAAACUACGAUUAGUUUGAAAAGCGUCCUCAAUAAGAUUGGCGUUAAGAGCCUGUUUGACCCUGCUAACUCUAAGCUUGAAAAACUAGUGAAAAAUGGCAAUGACAUUUAUAUAACUGAUGCUAUUCAAAAAGCUUUUAUCGAAGUAAACGAGGAGGGAGCUGAGGCUGCCGCUGCAUCCGGUUUCUUUGGAGUCGGUGCAAGUUUCUUUAUUCCAGAUAAGCAAACCUUUGUGGCCGACCAUCCUUUCCUCUUUUUCAUAGUCGAUAGAAAUAGAAUUUUAUUCAACGGAGUCUACUAUGGAGAGGUCAACUGAAAAGGCAGAUCAAUUUUUUUUAACAACAAAAAAAUACCAAGAUUACGGAAUUUGGUAUUUUUUUGUUGUUGUUGUUGGUGUUGCUACAAGGAUUUUACGGAAAUAUUGAUGGAAGUUAAAUUGUUUACAAAAAACAAUAAUAAUAAACACUAUGUUACAAAACU